AUGAUUCUUUCAUACAAGAAACACGGAAGUUCAGAAGAUGCUGAAAAUUCCCGACCGGUUGUGGCGCAACCAAGCAACGAGACAUCGGCAAAUCAGUUUGCACAAGAAGCUUGGGUUGAAGAAAAGCUGGAUGUGUUGCGGGAAGCCACGGAGAAGAUAGUUGCCGAGUCCGGUAACAGUUGCGCCGACAUAGUUGACGAAUUAGGAGUUCGCGUUGACAAAAUUACAGCAGACGUAAAUGCUCUUGAAAAGCUGUCUACGCAAAUUAAUAUACUAAAGCAGACCGAAGAUGAACAACGCAAUGCACUGCAGCACCUGCAACAGUGUAUAAAAUCCUUAGAAGUCGAAGGAGCCGGUCCUAAGCUUGAUAGCGUCAUCAUCAAAUUGGCCGAUAUGGAGAGUAGAGUAAGCAGCCUCCAGCAGAGCAAUGUUACUGGAGGAACGGUCGGCCUGAACUCGAUCGUGAGUGCGAUUAAAGCAGAUGUCGAGGACGCCAAGAAACGGUUCGAUGCACUCGAGCUUUGUGUUAGGACGUUAGACGGCCAGUGGGCCAACACCAACUCAAAACAAAUGGCUGUGCAUAUUUUGCAGCACCUUGAUCCCUAUAGGAAUCAAACUGAGGGACGGAUCAUUAGCGUCGAAACAGGGGUUGGGGAAUUAAAAGCCAAACUUGCGCUUGUCGAAAACACUCUCACUUUGUUGAAGGAUCCUAAAUAUCUGGCAGCGAUAAUUAAAGCCUCUCCACCGUUGGGAAAACGGCCAUCUUCUCCCGGGUCGCCUGCCCAGGACCCGAUGAAAAAAAGAAAGCUGGACACGAAAAGCCAACAGAAUACUACCCAGACAUAG